AUGGUGUCGUUCGGACUGGAGUUGGUCGGCGUGACCUUGUCUGUGCUCGGUUGGCUGCUGAGCGUGGUCAGCUGUGCCUUGCCGAUGUGGAGGGUCUCGGCCUUCAUUGGCGCCAACAUUGUCACAGCGCAGGUGUACUGGGAGGGCCUGUGGAUGAGCUGCGUGGUCCAGAGCACGGGCCAGAUGCAGUGCAAAGUCUACGACUCCAUGCUGGCUUUACCUCAGGACCUGCAGGCCGCCAGAGCACUCUCCAUUGUCGCCAUCAUCGUGGGCGUCGUGGCUCUCCUGAUCUCAAUGGUGGGAGCGAAGUGCACCAACUGUAUCGAGGAGGAGGGGAUUAAAGCCCGGGUGAUGGCUGCUUCUGGUGGAGCCUUCAUAGCGGCAGCUCUGGCCCAGCUGGUCCCUGUUUCCUGGUCAGCACACACUAUUGUCAUCGAGUUUUACAGUCCCAUCGUGCCCUCUGGCCAGAAGAUGGAAAUUGGGGCAUCGCUGUAUCUGGGCUGGGCUGCAGCGGCCUUGCUGCUGGUGGGGGGGUCCAUCCUGUGCUGCAGCUGUCCUCCACAGGACGAAAAAACCAUGAGGUACACCCCUAACCUCCAGAGUCGCAUGGCAUACUCUGCUGCUCCGAGGUCGGCGGCCCCGAGCUCCUACAACAGGAGAGACUAUGUGUAA